AUGGCUGAUGCCUUGGCAAGCCUGGGCCAGGGCUCUUCGAAUGCGAAUGUGGCAAAAAUCGCCAUAGAGCAGCGGAAGAAGAAGGCAGAGGUUGUGGAGCCACAGGUCAUCAGUGAGGAGCUCCUCAUCGAAGGUGUCGAGGAGCCCGUGCGUCCAGAUGGCGAUGCCUGGGAGCCCAUUGACUUUCCGCAAGUCACGUCCUUGCGGCUCUCCUUCAAGAACAUCAUUGAGAUAUCCAACCUCAACAACUUCGACUCCCUCCUGACAUUACGACUUGACAACAACAUCAUCGACAAGAUCUCCAAUUUGGGUCACUUGAAGCAGCUGACUUGGCUGGACUUGUCAUUCAACAAUAUCCGUGAAAUUGAAGGACUGGACGAGUUACAGGAGUUGCUGGACCUGUCCUUGUACCACAAUCAGAUCGAGGAGAUCAAAGACCGACUGGACGGCUGCCCCAAGCUGAACAUCCUCUCCCUUGGCCACAACAACAUGAAGGAUUUGAAGCAGAUUGAUUACCUGCGCCAGUUUCAAAAUCUGCGAUGCCUCUGCAUGGAGGGUAACAAGGUCUGCAACCAUGACUCCUACAAUCAGCAUGUGCUGGCAUAUCUCCCGCACCUGAAGUAUCUGGACUACAUGCUCAUUGACCGCAAGGCUGUGGCGCAAGCCCAGGAGGGCUACAACUUGGAGGAGCUCACCGAGGUCCGCGAGAAGGAGCAGGCAGAACAGACCCGGCAAAAGGCGCAGGCGGAGAAGUCAGCUACCAUUGAGAAACUGAAGACCGCCUUCCUGGACUGCACGGAAGACCUCUUUGAAGAGAUGUUUUCCAAGGAGGUGGAACCUGAGAAUGUGCUGGUCUUGCAGUGCUACCAAGGGCUGAAGGAGGACUAUCGGGACAAGCUCUCAGAAGAAAUCAAGGGACUGCGGGCUCGGAUGGAGGAGAAGAAUGAGGUUCGCCUGCGAAAAGUUUCUGCCUUCGAAAAGGCCAUCUACGCUUCAGAAAAAGAGAGCGAAGAUGAAGCAUUCCAGCAGAUCCGAGACUUCAAGAGUGUCAAGAAGAAAGUGCUGCCGCGGACUCAAGUGGACAAGGAGGAUGGUGUGCGGGCAGAGGUUGAUGAAUUGCUCAAGCACUUGCUUGAUGAACUUGGCGAUUUAGAGAACCAGCUCAUGGCAAACGAGAUCGCGCUUCAAGAGAGCAUCGAAGAGGCGCUCUCCGAUUUCGAGGCCAAGAUCAGCGACCUUGUGAAGAGCAUGCUGGACAACAGCAGAGAGUUCUUCACGCGAUUGGAAGAUUUGGAGAAGAGCUUCCUCACAGGACUCACCGAAGGUGCCAACAGUGAGAUCGAAGCUUUCACUCAGACGCAAGAAUCCGCCAUUGCAGACACCGACCCACAGAAAGCCAAGUACCUCAACAACCGUGAGGAGAUGAACCAGGCACUGACGAAUUUCACCGACGCUCACACUAGCCUGAUCACGAACAAGGAUGACUAUAUGACAAAUCAGAUGAAUUCCUGGAAUCGCACCUACUUUGAGAACCAUCGGGCUCGCCAGUACAAGCGCAAUCGACAGCGGGUCAUGGAUACCCGGAAGGUCAUCGAUGAGUGCAAGUCGGAGAUUCAGGCUGCCAGCGAGGAUGGCAACGAAUACGAUGAAGGUGAUGGUGGUGUGGAUUCCUAUGGCCGCUGA